AUGGAGCUGGAGGACCAAUGGUGGACAGGACAACUCGCUGCAGAUAUUUACCAGUCAUUACGAUACAGAGUGAGUGACACACAGUAACUUCAGUGAUGGCUGCUGCUGCCAAAACACUGAGUUGAAAGGUCUGUUAGAAUAGCUAUCUUUUAUUCACCACUCCUCCUGAUAAAUCCCUCUUAUAUUUGUUCCUUUUGGUGUGUUUGAGUUUUGUUUAUGGUCUCAGAUAGUAUUCAUCUUAUUAUCUAUCUGUCAUUCAGCCACUUAAAUGAGAAAAAAUGGCUUAAAAUUGUCAUUACAAUCUCCCAGAACUAAACUUAACCCUUUCUGAACAACCACACCCAAACCGUCUUCAUUGAAAUCCAUUAAAGGAUCAAAUUGUCACAAUUAAGAAGCUACAGUCAGCAAAUACUUGGCAGUGUGAAUCAACAAUGAUUGAAAUAAGUGAAUCCUUUUUUUUUUUUUUUCAAUUUAGCCACCAAUUCCCCAGGAAAUUCAGCAGCAAAUAAGUUAAAUCUUCCCAUUAAGCCUACAGGAUUCAAGCAAUAAUGUGCAUUGUCCGAUAACAUUGUCCCAACUGCAGUAACAUCUUAAAAGGGGGUGAAUAAAAAGCGCAACACACUAGCUUUAACUUUGUAGUUUUAACAUCUAACUGCUGUCCUUCAGCAUUUCUCACUUUAAUAAAAGUAGAAGUAGUUAUCAGCUUGGCAUUUGGUUAGGAAAAAGUAGUGAGUGCAGACAGAUCAAGGUCAAAAUGACAGCUAUAAAAGUGCACAAAAUUAUAAGCCCCCAAUAAUCAGUGAGGUGGGUCCAUAACCAGUGGUCCUCCAAACUGAUGGAGGGCUUGAGCUUCAUUUGCAUCAACAUGAUAUGAAAGCAAGGUUUUCUACUCAGUAAGAGCUGCUUGUUUGCAUAAACCAUAUUUUUACUGUGAAGAAUUCUCACUGCGCAUACUGCAAUAAUAAGAUCACAAUUCAUGUUAACGCUCUAAUUUCCUAUGAAGAUGCAAAAUAUCAGCAGAUUUGCCGCAUUAUCGGUACAGGCAGAUAAAAGCUGAUAAAAUACACUUUGUAUUGGCAGAUAUAAAAAUGUCUGCUGUUAUGUACAGCUGAUAAGUUAACUCAUAUUUACCUGCAAUGGUAACUAUGGCACCUCACCAACACGUUUCAGUUUAAUAGCUAUUUGCUGUGCUUAUGAAGCAUAGGUGAUGUGAGGAGGAGCCAAAACACCCCACUGUUUUAACAUUUCCACUUUAGUUGUUCAUCUCAUAUACUGUCAUUCUGAAAGGCAUCAAGUGUGUCUAAAAAUUAAGUAUGGAUAAGCAUUGUUGGGUCAACUGAAGACCCGUCAGCAUCCUCUUCUUCAGUCAUCAAACAAAUGAAGCUAAAACAUUGCACCCUUUUAGCAUAGUGGCAGAUGUGGGCUUUUUGCAGACCUGGCUGUGCUUUACCUGGUUGGAAAUACAAAUUCAGAAGUUGCCUUCCCUGAAGUCCAAAGCUUCAUCUUCAAGCAGAUAGAAAAGCUCCUCACUGAUGCAUUUCAUUUUACGUUUACCUCAGACAUCUAAGCAUUAAGAGUAAGUCUGGUCAGCAUGUAAGGGCUCAAUGCCCACUUGAUCAACAACAUGAAGUCCACAGGAUUUUUUUUGUUUGUGUGUUUUUAAAUAGCUGAAUGUAAUUAAAAAAAAUAAAGUUCACAUUUAUGGUAGAAUCAGAAGUUGUUAUUCUUGUUUUAUGUCCUUUUUUUCAAGCAACCAUAAUCACAUUGUAUGAAGUCUGGUACAGAAGGAGAACUAAGUGUUCUUUAUACUGAAAGUAGUGUUUACAUUGGUAUCAUCCAUUAUGAGUUUGAAAAUAUAAGCAUACCAGAUUUGGGCAAAUAUCUACUAUAGCGCAUUCUUCCUCUAUCCAUGGCCACAGUCAUAUUUAAAAAGUAGAUGCAUGACAUGAUGAAUGUUUUUAAAGGAUUCCUGUUCAUUCUUUUUGAUGUACCUGCUUUGAGAACCGUGUUCAUGUCUGAUUAAAAUAAGAAAGACUUUCAAGUGGAAAAAAAAAGAUGAGAAUGUCCACACUAGCAAAUGCUUUUCAGUAAGGUUAUCCAAAGAGCACAAGUCAAUUCUGUGAAAAGAAAUUAGCUUCUUUAUCUCAAGUCCCAGAAAUAAUGAACUCAUUAUCUCCGGAGACCGAAAGGUCACUUCGUCUGGCACUUAAAAACCGUCAAAGAUCAGAGAUGCAUUGCCACCCUGCUAGACUGAAUUGAGUACUCCCUGAUGUAUUGAUCCCUGUUGAUGAAAACAUCAGACUGGACUCUAAUCACUCUCAAGGUGUAAAACCUCCAUGACAGACAGUCAUGGCAGUGAUUACAAAGACUGAAAUCAAGUAAGACGAAAGAACCAGACGCUCAAUUGUAGUUGGCCGAUGAUCUCGACAAACUAAAGGUGGUUUUCCAGUGACGAUUUAUGUAAUUAUUCAGAUUAUUAUUCCUUUUUUUAGAUAAACCAACAGAUUAACAUGUAUUCAUAACUCACCACCAGCUGUAACUUGGCCAACCUACUGUUGACCCUUUGAUUUGAGCUAACACCUGAAAACUGAUUUCUGUGUAGCACUUAAAACAAGAGAAAUAUACAUCCGAACAGAGUAAAACUCACACUUCUAUUUUAUCUGUUUGCUUUCGUCUCCCAGGAGCUAAAACUUCCUUUGUACAAAGGCCAGUCCCCUCAGCUCAACCUGAGACAAUACUUUGCAGACCUCAUAGCCAUCAUCAGCAAUCGCUUCGGGCUGUGUCCUGCAGCCCGACACCUUGCUGUCUAUCUGCUAGACCUCUUCAUGGACCGCUAUGAAGCUACAGUCCAGCAGCUCCACAUGGUCUCACUCUCAUGUCUCCUUCUGGCCAGUAAGUUUAAAGUUUAUCUCUCACUCCAUCAUGUUACUUUGGGUCUCUUUGCGCUGCUGUUAUUUUUUCAAUGUUUGUCUCUGCAGGUAAAUUUGAGGAAAGGGAAGACCGGGUGCCUAAACUGGAGACUCUGAACAGUUUGGGGUGCAUGAGCUCCAUGAACCUGGUCCUGACCAAGCAGAGUUUACUUCACAUGGAGCUGCUGCUGCUGGGAACCUUCCAGUGGAACCUGUACCUGCCAACAGCUGCUCACUUUAUUGAGUAUUACCUGUCUAUUGCCGUCCAUGAGGAAGACCUCCAUGACGGCUGGCCUAUGACCUGCCUGGAGAAGCCCAAACUGUACAUGACCAAGUAUGCUGAUUAUUUCCUGGAGGUUUCCUUACAAGGUAACAAUUAUCUUUAAAAGUUAAGAUUUGUCUUUUCAUAUACAGUUCAAUGAAAAACAUGCCACACAAAGAUGCCAUUAAUUCUUCUCUGCUAAGCCAGUUGUCUUAAAAAAAAUUAAGUCUGGUUUCAUUGAACACUGUGGUCAGAUCUAUUUGAUCAAAUGAACAAACAAACUGGUGACCUAGCUUUUUAAGAAAGUUGUCUUUUAUGGUGAUGGAGAGUCAAUAAGAAGUAGCGUUAGCUUAGGCUAACAAGGAUGGUUUCCUUGGCUAGCUUUCUCCAUGAAGCGCUCAAGUUGUAAGGCAGGAGUUGCUUUUUUGAAGGUUAAUAUUUCUUUAUGUUUUAAACCUUUUUACUAAUUGAGAUGGUGAGUCACAACAAAUUCUAUGUAUCUGUCAAAGUGUUAAUUAAGAUAGUGGGUAUGCUACUCUGCAGCACUCAAUAGUGAAAGCAAUAGUAUAACAACCAGGUGAUAGAAUAAAUAGGCGAUAGAAAAGACAGAGGAGGUUAGAAAAAAUGAUAGAAAUGCAUAGUUGCAUACAUAAUUUUAUGAUGUUAAUCUCACCACCGCCUUGACUUGAUGUGCUAAGUGUGUCUUUUUGUAUAUGGGGCUUGAGGAUUAAUUGGGAAAUUGUCUUUUUUAAGGAGUUAAAAUCAAAGUUGAAUCAAUCAACUCUGCCAGUUUGGAGAGUAUGAGGUGAUUUGUCGACAUUGCGUAUCUUCAGUGCUCUUUUUAACCUCAGUGAAGUUGGUGCUAUCAGUUUGUGUUGCUGUUGUGUUGACGGAUUGCGCUGUUCUUUCUCCCCUUCAGAUCAUGUGUUUUUGUGUUUCGCCCCCUCUCUUGUGGCUGCUGCUUGUGUGGCCACUUCCCGCCUCGUUCUCCACCUGUGCCCUACAUGGCCCCCCAGACUGCAGCGCCUGGCAGACUACUCAUGGGAAAACCUUGUCCCAUGUGCUGAGAAGCUGCUCAUGUACGUAUCUGUGUGUGUGUGGCUUCUGUCGGUUGAUAAAAAUGGCUACAAGGAGAAACUAAAAGUUCAAGAACUCUGCUUGUGAUUUGGAUGUAUUCAGACAACAUAGCUUGCUGAGCUAAUACAUAUCAAGCUACACAUGAGGAAUUCAGUGUUGGCUUAUGAAAUAAUCAUAAAGUAAGGGAGAAUAAACUUUGUAAUGAUGAGAAACCUUAGAGCUCUUUUUGACAUAUACCAGUUUAAAAAGAUACGCCUUGCAAAAAGUCUGUUUUGACAGAUGACAAUGAAACAAUAUUAAUAUUUACAGCUGUGUUUAAGCAACUAUUGUGAACAUAUUAAUUAUUUAUUCAAGAGCCAUUCAUUACCGCUGACUUAAGGUCCUUACACACUGGGAAUGCCGAAAAUAUACAACGCAAAAUUACGAAACAUUUAGAGGCGAAUUUUGACGCAUCUGACUAUACAUGUCAAGCGUGAUGCGAUUUUGCGACUUUCCGGGGGGGGGGAGACGCGUCCCCGUGUGGAAGCGAGAAGACUGACACAACACCAACACAACUGACUGUUUUUCAGUUCUGAUUAGUCACUAGUGUUGAGAUGACUGUCUGUCUGUCAUGUUAGCAUGUACUGAGUUGGGGCCAGUAACAGAUAAGCACAUUAAACUAUAAUCCAUAAAUGUAAGGUAACAACUGAAAUCUAAUGGUGCUGUGACAGCAACGUGGUUGAGUUUGAGACAGUGAAAAUACAUAUGGUAUGUUGUGUCUAAACAGGUUAGCUUAUGAGCUAAAGUUACUUAGCACAGAUGAAAGUUAAAACAAAGACGUUUAGCAAACUAUUAAAGCACACAAACCAUCGUCAUAUGAGGAAUCCGAAGCUAUGACUCUCCACAAGUUGUCCUUCAGGUCGUUAUCUUUGUAAUAUUUGUGUCACUCUGUUCUCCGACACGCAAACAAUCAGCCAGUCGGCCAUGUUGGAUGUACCGGUGAAUCUGAUGUUGCAACAACACGAAAUCUGAUUUGUCAGAAGUGGAUACACGGUAUGUGAAACUUUAGAAAAAUCGACCUUGAUAUAAAAAAAAAUAAAUGCGGCAACAUCGCAGGACGAGAAAACGUCGCUGAUGUGAACGCUUGUAUUGACAGGAUACAGGUUCGAAAAAAAUAUUGACGUCCGAACUAAUUGCACACAAAAAAGGCUCCCGGUGUGAAAGGACAUUUACACUGCUAAGUUUUUUCACUAACUGUCCAACACUUUCUUCCUACACCUCCAGUGCACACGACAGCGAUGUCAAAGAGGCCAACAAGAAGCAGUGCGCACAGCCGGGCCAGCAGCAACAGCAGCAGCAGGGACACACGACGUUCCACAGUUCAGGCCAGACAGCCACUGUGGCCCCAUACCUGCACCGGUCCUGCAUGCAGUACCCACAGCCGGCCCCCCAGCCCAGCCUUGCUCCCAACCACAGGCCGGCCUCCUACCUCAGCCACCCCACCACCAACCUUCAGCCCCCUAAUGGCUCGCAGCUCGGCACCACCCAGGCAAUCACGACCUCACUAGAUCCCAAGACAAACAUCCCCAACAGGGCCUAUCAAGUCAGUAUGCACUACACCUGUGCUGCCCCCUGCUUUGACAGAUGA